AUGUCUUCCUUCUUUACUACUCCAGCUUCGCAACGAAAGCGUAAAAGACCGAGCGAAAGUGCAGGCAAAGUAGCCAGAAAACGGCGUGAGGUGGACAAGCACGAACUCCGGAACGAAGGAGACCAGCGUUCACGCCGCAGACAACCCAACCCCCGAGACGCGGACGCAGACACAAACGCUGAUCGUGAUGGAGAUGAGUCGAUCUCUGGGAGUGAAUCAGAGGAAGAAGUCGCACCCGAAAGUGAUGAUGAGUCCGUGGCUACUUCCGAAGAAGGCGAGACCGCCGCCGAACGGCGUGUGAGACUCGCACAAAGAUAUCUGGACAAUAUCAGGCAGGAGGUGGACGAAGUUGGUUUCGACGCCGAAGACCUGGACAGAGAUUUGAUUGCACAGAGAUUGAAAGAGGAUGUGGACGAAGCGAAAGGCAGACAACAUAGAUUGAUCGCUUCGAAUCUGGAUUUCGCCAACGCAACUCACACGGUCUUCCGAGCAGAUACAAACACCACCACCGGCGUUGCAGUGUGUCGGCCUUAUGUCUACACGGUGAGCAAAGACAAGACCUUGAUCAAGUGGCAGCUUCAGCCUCCGCCUUCACAAUCCGGUGGAAAGGGCACCACAGCUUCACGACGACGCCGGCCAAAGCAGCUUGCAUAUGUUCGAGGCAUCAGGGUUAGAGCGUCGGCUUCUCAACAACAUGGCCAUACUGGUGCCAUUCUAGCGGUUGCAGCUUCACCAGAUGGCAAAUAUGUCGCUACAGGUGGCGCAGACAAGAAGCUCAUCAUCUGGUCUGCUGAAGACCUGCGGCCACUAAAGACAUUCACCACGCACCGAGAUGGAGUCACUGCACUUGCCUUCGCUCCAGAUUCAUCUCAGUCUGGAUUCGGAGCACAGCUUUUCAGCGGCAGCAUGGACCGAUCCUUGAAAACCUACAGUCUGGCUGGCGAGGACAGCCUUGCCUAUGUGGAAACGCUCUUUGGCCAUCAAGAUCACGUCGUCGAUGUCUCUGCAAUUGCUGCCGAUCAGUGUGUUACGGUUGGGGCACGAGACCGAAAGGCUUUGUGGUGGAAGGUCGUGGAUGAAUCGCUUACCAAAUUCCUCGGCGACAGUUCCAAACAUGACACAUAUCAGACUGGAAGCCUUGACUGCGUGGCGGCUCUACCUCCAAAUCACUUUGUGACCGGCUCUGACUCGGGUGCUAUCAGUCUGUGGAGUGUCCAUAGGAAGAAGCCGCUGUUCACUAUCCAGACUGCCCACGGGGUGGAUGAGCCUCCUCCUCUAGAAGAAGUGACUUCCGAGACAGAUCCAAAAGUGAUCGAGAGGCUCAAACAGGCUGACAAGCGAAGGCCGAUUGCUCGAGCGAUCACUGCUUUAGCGGCUCUUCCCGGGACAGAUGUUGUCCUGAGUGGAAGCUGGGAGGGAUGCCUACGGGUGUGGAAGCUCAGUGACGACAAGCGAACGCUAUUGCCUCUCGGUGCGGUCGGAUCUGGCGCUGACAGUGACAUUGCCUUGAACGGCUACACCAAUGGGGACGGGGAGGGGGAGUCGACCAGUGCCUCGCCCACAGCUCCUACGCCCGUUGAGACGAAGAAACCCGAGACGGUUCGUGGAAUUGUGAAUUCAAUAGCUGUCUUCGAACGAAGGAAAGAGAUCACCAGCGAGUUUGGAGGCAAGAAAGAGGGCGAGUGUCAGGGACUCUGUAUUGUCGCAGGAACCGGCAAGGAGAUGAGACUCGGGAGGUGGAUGAAGUUACCUCACGGGAAGAAUGGUGCUGUCCUGUUUGAGGUACCGCUGCGGCAGGAGACCAAGUAG